AGUCUUCAAAAUGCAAGAUCAAGGUCCGUUUUCCUAUUUGGUUAUCUUUUCUAGUAGAUGUAGUAGAAGAAUCUUAUCUUAAUACGUAGAUACAAAAAAAAUGAGAAUAUCAAAGUUUUGCCUAAUAUAUUUAAUAGAAAUUAGUAGGAUUGUGGUUCAAUCAAUAAAUUGCAAUCACAUUUCACAACGUGAAAACUGAAGCAUAUUUCAUUGCAGACAGAUCGUAUUUAUAGAACUAAUAAAACAAAUUUUGCUUGAUUUUGCAUAAUAAUAAAAACGUGAACAUUCUAAACGGAUUGUGUAUAUUUUGAUUACAACAAAUGAAUGUGUUACUACCAACAAUAAGUUGUACAUUUAAUGAUGCAAAAUGAUAUUGAAACUCAGUGAUUUCAUUAGCUGCACAUUUUUAUAGCAAUUGUAAAAUGGAAAUUCUCCGCACGAAUUAAAUGUUUGUGAAAUGUUUUCUUAUGGGCGGAAAACAAUUAUGAACCAAGAAAAUGAAAAUCUUAAAAAUAAAUACCCCUAUAAAGAUAACAAUAGUACCCGUAAUACGUUUAAGAAAUGUGAAUACAUAGAAGCACGAUUUACAAAUGUGUCACCAUUAACUUGUCCAGCAUCAGUACCGCUUGAAACAGAAAAAUCCCCAACAUUAGCGAGCAUUAUCCAACCGCAGAACCCAUACUCUUCAAUCAACUAUAACAAUAGCGAAAGUCAACCUUAUAAUUAUAGUCGCAUGAAAAUGUCACCUCAAACUGGUUUUAAUACAACAACACCCGAUAAUUUAAGAGAAUUUCAAGAAUUUUUGCAACGUAUACAAACACUAAAAAUGUCUUCCUCAAAUACUCAAGCUGCUUAUAAAAUCACAGAUUCAAAAGAAAAUAACUCUUCAAAUGUAAGUGAAGAAAUGAGAAAAGCAAAUGAACUUAAAAUAACUGCCCCAAUAUUCGGUAUUGAGGUAGGUGUUGAACCCACUGCUUCAAUGGAUUUUGAUGAUGUCGAUAGCGAAAGGCCUGAAACGAUCAUAUGUCCUUCACAAGGGGAACAGGCCCCAAGUACCAUAUCUUCUAUUAGUAAUAAAAAUAACUCGGAAGACAAUAUUCGGGUUACCGUUGGAAUAGACAAAGACUUAGAAAUGAUAUUAGAAAUGGAUCCAAGCAUAGUCGACUUGGGAGAUAUUGCAGUCACAGAACCGGUGGAACCAAGAGUAAUUGGUCUACCGCCAUCAACCGGCGGUCCUACUUUCAAAACCACUGUCCCAAAAUCACGCACACAGCUCAAACAACAAUUACAGCGUGAGCAGCAACAACAAGAGUUGGAGCGACGGGAAGCAGAAAAACGAGCUGCUGCGGAAAAUGCUGCUUUACAACAGCAGGUUGAAUCUUAUAUAAAUCAGCAAGUUCCAAAUUCACACCAUAGUCAUCAAUUCCAUAGUCAACAUUUAAUGGGUAAUAAUGGGGGUUAUAGGUCUAAUAGCUUCGGGAAUAAUUUCAACGAAGUGCAAAUAAAUCAGCAAAACUAUCUCACCCAUGUACCGUCAUCAACAUCAUCCGGUGCAAGCUCUAGCUCGGCUUCGUUAAAAGGACCACUUCAAAGUAUUGGUGUAGAUGUACCAAAACAAGUUUUACAGGUCCGAACGGUAUUGGAAAAUCCCACACGUUAUCAUGUCAUCCAAAAGCAGAAAAACCAAGUUCGUCAGUAUCUAAGCGAAUCUUUUAAAAAUGAAUGGGAGAAUAAAAAUAUACCAAACCAAGCAACAGUACCGAAUAUAAGCGGGGAAUCCAAGCAGACUUGUAAUUUUCCAAGUAUUUCUAAUAUCGAAGGCAUCAAUGGAGGGGGAGAAUCGAAUAUAGAACAUUCACCACAAUUACGACUUACUUCGAGUGCUGCAACUUCUAUUCUAGAUGAUCCUAUGCAAUUGUCCCCUUCCCCUUAUGGUGCGGAUAGUGCAAGCAAUAACCUCGCCAAUGCAGGAAACUGUACGUUUUUUCUACCGAACGACCAAAGCUCAGUUAAAAGCUUUGGAACUGACAGCGCCUAUAAAAACUCUGCUGGUUGUAACUCCUCAAGUCUAACAGGUGGAAGAGGUUGUGUUGUUAGUGGAUUAAAUGCUUUGUCUCAUGGCGGACGUUCAUCUGGACCACUUAAUUCACUUAGGAAUGCUAAUUGCUCCAAUUUAUCUACAGCUAGUCCUGUACAAUCAGCACCAAUGUCACCUUUGAGUUCUGUGGCAACAAGCGCAUCUGAACUCCUCUUGUUUGACAGUGAUGCAGACGAUUGUUUAUUCGAUGCAGAUCUAAAAUUUGACAGUUUCUCUUCUGAUUUGGCCAUAAAGCAAGAGCCACAGUCUCUCACUGACGCAGAAAUGCAUGCAUUAGCAAAGGAUCGGCAAAAGAAGGAUAACCAUAAUAUGAUUGAGAGAAGGCGACGCUUUAACAUAAAUGAUCGAAUCAAAGAGCUCGGCACACUGCUUCCAAAAACAAAUGAUCCAUACUACGAAGUCGUGCGUGAUAUUCGUCCAAACAAGGGCACAAUACUUAAAUCAUCUGUCGAUUACAUAAAAUGCCUUAAACAUGAAGUAUCGCGGCUAAAACAAAAUGAGCUGCGCCAACGUCAAAUGGAAAUGCAAAAUAGAAAACUAUUAAAUAGAAUAAAGGAACUGGAAAUGCAAGCUAAAUCUCAUGGACUGCCUUUAAGUGACUUUACUUCAACGUCUGUAUCAGCACCAGCGCCAACAUCUUAUCUCAAAAGCUCUAGCCCCGCUUCACCUACGUCACAUAAUCAUCAUUCUGCAUCCUUAAUCCCAGAUAUGGUAGAAAAGUUAUCAGUUAUUACCAGUGAAGCCAGUCUCAGUAUUACUCCAAUUGACGAUCUUAUGGAGGACAGCAAAAACCCAGUACAAUGUGGUGAUCCUUUACUCUCCUCAAACUUAAGUCACUUUUUCUCAACGACAGACUCCCCGACUCCAACGCAAUUGCAGUGUUGUAAUAGCUUCGAUGGCAACAGCUGUAUUGGUGAUAACGGUAACGACUGUCACAAUCACAACUGUCAGAAUAAUCAGAACUCGUUAGAUGACCUCUAUCAAAGUGCCGUUGCUUCUACAGCAAGAACUGUGGUACCCAACAACAUUAACUGUUGCAAUAGCAAAAGGAAAAGCAUAGAUGAUGGAGUAUGCUGCUUAACCAGUUGUCAUCAAUCAAGCCAUCAACGUCGUCAUCAACAGCACAACCAGAGUCGCCAACAUUCAAUAAAGCUUAGUGGAGAAAAGGACUCAUUCAAUACGAAUCACUAUCUACAGCAAUCGCAUCACCAUUUCUCAUCUAUGGUGAAUAAUAACGACAUAAACAGCCUACCUAAAUCACCGUCGACUUUGCAACACGGCCGCGAUCCGUUGUUAUCUUCUUCCCACCACCAACAAAUUGAUCAAAAUCUUCCGCUAAACGACAUAGAUCACCAUCAUCACCAUCUGCAUGAUGACGAACAUCACGUCGGGGUUUCACACACCUCAGAUGAUCUCUCCAAUGCAAUGAUGAGUGAUUCCCUCUCACUAGUGUCAUCUGCCGCAAAUGAUGCUAUGUUGCUUUCGCCAGAUUCUUUGGACAUAGAUUUGGCAUGAUAAAAAUUGCUGCCGCUCAUGAACUUAAUUUAUUUUAUAAUUGUAUUCGACAAUAGAGCCAAAAUAAUAAUAAGUCAUUGGAAAAGUGAACAAGGACCACACAGAUCUAAUAUAUACAUAUGUAAGUUAAACUUACGUGGCAAUAUCAAUGGGCAUAAAACAGAGCAAGUUUCUAUUUGAUUUAAAUUAAAAGUAGUAUGAGAAAAUCUUCGAGCCGAUCCUUUAAUAUUUAAAUACUGUUGUGCAGUCAGAGUGUUUAUUUGAUAUUAUGAACUAAAUAUAUUUUCUUCAGUAUUUGGGUUCGCUGACUCGCUACGUUGCUAUAAUUUAAACUUUGACAUGAUUUUGUAUCAACAUACGCUAAAUAUGUCUGAACUAAUCUCCAUUCUAAGUUUUAAAUCGAUUUUAGUGGGUAUUUGAAAAUUUUUUCUUCGAGUAAGGCUUUUCUGCACAGAAUUAAUUUUGUUUAACGAGUACAUUGCACCUUCAGCUUACGUAUUAAGCUUAAUAUUUUGGCAAGUUACGAGUCUAAAAACCCUUCAAAAUUUUCAUAUAUAUGUAUGGCGGAAGUUUUAUGAAAGCUCUGCAUAUGUACAUAUGUAGGUACAAAGUCACAGAAGACAUUUAGAACUCUGAAUCUGUUUUCCAAAUCGGACAUAACUCUAGUUAAAAUAUACAAAUACGAACAUAGAUAUAUAUUUUCCAGCAAACAUACAUAUACAUUCCAAAGAGUGUUGAAUAUGAAAUUUCAAAGCUUAUGAGAGUUUCUCGAAAUCAGCAGUCCAAAGCCAUUGAAAUGUUAUUUUAUCAAAUAUUCAUUCUUGCUGUUGCACCAUGUAAUUAAAAAGUUUAAAAUGCGACGAAUUAUAUUAUGCUUGUUUUAACAAAUCAAAAAUCUUUUUCGUCGGCGUAGAUAAUAUCGAGUGGUGUUACAAAAUCGGACAGGUUAGGGGAGGAUGUGAAUUGAAAAAUGUAUGUAAACAAAAAAAAUUUGUUACUUAACUCAUAUACAUAUGUAUGUAGGUUCCUAUAUUUUAUGCUUAACAGACGGCAUUGCAAUGUAUUGUUAAAAUUUUUUUGUGUAUAUACGAUGUACAUAAGAUAUAAAAAUGUUUUAAUUGGUAUCUUACUUUUUUUGUUCUUAAACAUAUACAUACAUAUAUAUUAUAAUAUGUAUGAAAGUGUAAAAAUCAUUAUAAAUAUAAAAAUGUUGAGUAAUUACGAACUUCAUAAGUUUACCUAGUACAAAAAUUAUACCAAGAGCAAAGUCAUAGAAGGAUUACAAAACUAAGAACCCUUUAUAUAUAAUAUUGUACAUAGCUUUCAAUUACGUAAUAUUAAAAGGUGAUGUACUUAAACAGCUUUUCGAUUAAUUCCGCCGUCUAUCUGCCUUGCUAAAUGGUUAGAAUGAAAGAAACGGAAUAAACUUUAACAUUUUAGUCUAUAUCAUAUGCUUAUGUACAAGAAUUCAAGUGGUUAAUGGAGGUGAUGUAGCAUAAGCAUUUUUUGAUCUUGAACCCUUCAUCAAUACAUGUACAUAUACUGAUGUAUGAAAAAAUAAAUGUUUAUUUAUACACCCUUAUCCUCACAAGUUUGCAUUGUUUAAUUAGUACCUCAACUGCAACUGCAUAUGUUUGACAACAGAAGUCAGCAAUAUAUCAUUAUUUAAAGUUGUGCUGUCAUCCACUGACAUUUUUUGUCCGUGGCAAUGCUUUAGAGCUGAAAAGCUAAAUGGCAAUGACACUUAUACUGCUUCCAGAAAGAAAUUUUGUUAACAAAUUAUUAGAUUAAUUAGAUUUUGGGACACCUUUCAGAAGAUUUUUAUGUAUUUAUUAAAAUGUGAAUAAUUUAUUAAAAAUAUUUUUUUUUAAAUUUUAAAAAAUCUCCACGAAAAGGCCUAAAUUUAUUUCAGUCUUAUAUUUGCAAAAUAAUACCUUAUGUUAAGGCAACAGUAAAACGAGCUUGCACCAUGCACUACAUCGCCUUUAAUGAUUUGGUAUAAUUAUUUGAUCAUGAACGAGUAACUCAUAGAUACCACAAAAAGGAGCACGAGAAAACUGUUAGAUUAUUGAGAAGGUACUAUGCCAUUUAGUUUGCUGUAAAUCGAGUAAGUGAAAUAAGAAAUAAGCUAACAGUAAAUUAUAAACAAACAAAAUAAAACAAACCUAUUUCCUAAAAUCAAUUACAAAUGUAACAUCUUCGAUUUUCGUGAUCUAAUAUUUAUUUGUUCAUGUACCAAUACCACAAUUUCUUAUCAGCUAAUGUGACUAAAACAGUUUGGUAUAAAGUUUGUACUGAGCACUGCAAAUACAAAUUACUCUAAAACCACAGCAAAUUUGUUUAUCUUAACUCAUCACUUAAAAAUGAAAUUGCCGAUUGAUGCACAGGGGAAACGUAUUGUAAUGGUAUUUUUAUAAGGUUUCUUAGAUGCAUAUUACUGUUAUGAAUUGUGUUAUCCUGGUGUUGUUCAUUCUAGACGACAGGAAUUAUUUGAAGAAAUAAAUUUAAAGUAACGUGUA